ACCUUCACACACACACACACACAUGGGCAGGAAACAAUCUUCAGUCAUUUCCACGAGUUUUUAAGGAAGCACAAGCCUGUUUUGAGCAGAGUGUAUCACUGGCGCAUGAGCCAGAACACAAAUGUUUUGAGGAAAUCAGUGCCUAAAGAAGAGUGAACCACACUGCUGGAACUACUUUCUGAAGAGAUUAUUAAAAAAUACCUAUGACUUCAAGGUUCUGCAAGAAGAAGACAACGUCGUGAGUUGAUAAUUACCAGUGCUAGGCGUUCCGUAAGGUGAAAAUUAAAAGAGCUUGGGAAGUUGUAAAGGAAGUUCUUGGAGCACAUCAUUUAACACUGAGCACCUGGAAGUUAUUUCGCAGCAAAUGAAGCCAGACACCCUUACCAUGACUGCACUAAACAGCAAACAAGGUACGGUGUGUAUCUUUGGCACAGGGGACUUUGGACGAUCUUUGGGGCUUCGCUUGCUUCAAGCAGGGUAUGAAGUUAUCUACGGAUCCCGAAAUCCCAAAAAUUGUGCUCUGUUGCCCAAGGGGGCGCAGGUAAUGUCACAUGAGGAGGCAUCUCAGAGAGCGAGGGUGAUAUUUGUGGCUAUUCAUCGAGAGAACUAUGACUUCCUGGCCAGUCUGAGCCCAGCUCUUGAAGGAAAGGUACUGGUGGACAUCAGUAAUAAUCUGAAGAAGCAUCAGUACACUGAAUCUAAUGCUGAGUAUCUGGGCAUGGUGGUACCUGGGGCACAUGUAGUCAAAGCCUUCAACACUAUCUCAGCCUGGGCGCUGCAAUCAGGUGGGCUGGAUGCCAACAGACAGGUAUCGAUCUGUGGAAACCAUGUGGAUGCCAAGCAGGUAGUAGUAGACAUAUCCCACAGUUUGGGUCUUACAGCUGUGGACCGUGGCUCCCUAAGAGUGGCGUCUGAACUGGAGGAUCUCCCACUUCAACUCUUCCCUCUUUGGAGGCUUCCUUUACGUAUCAGUGCUGGACUCCUUGGUGCCUUCUUUCUCUACGUUCUCAUUCGGGAUGUUGUCUAUGCACGGGUUGUUGACAAGAAAGACAAUUCCUUUCGCAUCCUGAUCUCGCUGGCUAAUAAGGUGUUUCCUAUGGUCUCACUGGUGAUGCUGGCAUUGUGCUAUCUACCUGGAAUCUUCGCUGCUUUCCUCCAGCUCUACAAUGGCACUAAAUAUCGCCGUUUUCCUGACUGGCUGGAUCGUUGGAUGUUGUGCAGGAAGCAGCUGGGAUUGUUGGCACUGGCUUUCGCUGUUCUGCACGUGCUGUACACACUGGUGAUCCCUAUCAGAUACUUCGUUUUCUAUAAAAGAGCCAACAUUUACAUUUCACUGAUUAAAGAGAAUAAAACAUACGAAUUCAACGAAAUGUGGGCCUGGCGCUCCGAUGCCUACUUGUCCAUGGGAAUACUGGGAUUUGCGCUGUUCAUUUUACUAGGAAUCACAUCUCUCCCAUCUGUCAGUAACGCUCUCAACUGGAGAGAGUUCAGCUUUAUACAGUCUAAACUAGGCUAUUUGGCGUUGCUGCUGUGUACUGCUCAUGCCUUCCUGUAUGGAUGGGACAAGUUCCUGCAUGCGUCAGCCUACAAAUGGUGGAUGCCAUCAAGCUAUAUGCUGUCACUAGUGGUUCCUUGCAUUGUUUUGGUUUUAAAAACAGUCUUAAUUAUGCCGUGCGUGGACCGUACUAUCAUUCGCAUACGCCAGGGAUGGGAGAGACCAGGCAAAGCUGGGAUAAACAAAAAUGCAAAGAGCAACCAGCCACUCAUUCUAUAAACAAUGAUUAAUAUGGCAUUAAUUAAUUCAUGGCAUGAGUUGCCCAGAUGCCCAAGUUUGGCAUGGCAUCAGUAUUCCUGUUGAUGGGCCUCUGCCAGCUUUGACAAACUCCACACUUUAAAAAUACUGAUAAAAUAGAAGGUUUAGUAUGUUCUUAUGUAUCCAUAAAUAAUGCUAAAGUAGAAAUGCGCAAUUUAUUCAUCUAUAUAAUUAAGCAAAAAUAUUAAAAGCUGAAGCACACAGCACACUUUUUUCCAGAUUGUUGGUUUGCUUGCACAAGUUAUAACUGCAGUCUAGGUUUGAAGUAGAGUAUCUAAGUAACAAUAUAUUAAGAAUAAAACAUGACAGGGUGUGCUGUUAUAGGAAAAUAAUUAACGACAGGGUGGUGAAAUUUAGUCUGAUGCCGAGUGGAGUUAAAAGGAAGUUGAUUAUUUUCUUUAUAGCUUGAUAACUUUGUACUUGAUAACAUGUUCUUGUUUUAUUCUUCUUAUACCACAGCAAUUAAAGAAUGAUAUUGUACUUUUUUCCAUUUAUAGUUAUGUUUACUGUCAUGGAACAGCUGCAAAACAAGUUAGCUCCUGCUAUCAUUUACAUUAUAAUUUCACGCUUACUAGCCGUUCUUUUUUUAAUUUCUCUUGAAGUUAAUGAAAAAAAAAAUACACAUUACUGAGAAACUGGAAAUCCCCACCCUGAAGAUUUUCCCAUGGUGGAAAGCCAAAGUUAGAGCUUUAUCUCUGUCUGUUACAAAGCACUGACACUGGAGACUCCUUCCAAAAAUGCAGGUGUAUUAAUAUACAUCUUGCAGCUGUAAAUACUUCUGACCAAUCAGAACUGAGCAUUCCAGAGUGCUGUGGUAUAAAGUGUUUUAUUUAAUCAUGCAUAAAACAUCAGUAAUCUGAAUUUGGUAGCGCUUCAAAUGCAAGCUCUAUUCAGCUGUUUGUUGUGCAGUAAACAUUUGUUCUCUGUAGUGUUCUGUAGUGUACUUUUUUCUCAAUUCCCAAUGUUCCUGAGCUAUUUUUCCCCAAACUUCUCCCAGCAGCUCCUCCUCUUAAGGUAUUAUUGAUCCAGAUGUGGACAGCCACUUCCUGUUUUGUGUGUCUUGAAGUUUGCUCCCUGUCUUCAGAGAGACUUUCUUCUUUCAUGCUCCUGCCAAUAGAUCUGUCCACAUUAUACACAUAGCUAAAUCCAGGCCAGUCUAUCUAAAUCAAAAAAAAAAAAAAAAAAACAUUGUAUUAAGAUCUCUUAUUAUUAAAGUGUCAUCAUUGAGUACUUAGUAACUUAUUCAGCUUAACUAUUCAAUUCAGUACAACUAUCUAGCUUUUAGAGCUGCAGAAGUCACUUGACAUUGCCUGGAAGCUACAUUCUUAGAAAAAGGAUUCUUCAAAAAGGUUCUUUGUAUAGUUAAGAGUUCCUAAUAACGUUCUAGAUUGGAAACCCUUUGUGAUUGUACUGUUGUAGGAUUUUACAUUGAAUCUUUUACUGUUUCAUACAGCAGUUAUUUAAAACAUAUCAAGAUUCUUUAUGUUUUCUAUUAAAUUUUAUUAAAUUUUAUUACUUUUUUUAAAAAAAGUGAUUUUGAAGUGAUCUUAUAUUUUCCUAAAAAGAGCAUUAAAUUGGCUGUGCAUAUAUAUGGAUGCUAUGUAUAAAAGGGUUCCCCCCGAGGAACAAGCUGAAGAACUCUUAAGAGUUGUACAUUUUACCUUUUUUUUAACAUGAUGCAGAUUAUUCAUUCUUGUUCUCAACAAAUUUUUAUUGCACAUUACUACAGUUAAUAAUGCAUUCAUCUUUUAUUUUCACAUAACAGAUAUCCAAUACAGGUCUUCAAUAUUCCCAUUUAACCAUAUACAGUAUAUCUGUAGGGUUUUUUUUCAGUUCUCUACACAUACACUAACUCAGUUCACAGUGCUGUCUAGAAGUGAAUGCUAUGCUUGAAACUACAGAUAUUUUCUAUUUGUUUUUCAUUAAACUCCAGUAAGCUAUGUCAGUCUGUAGAGUGUCAUGUGUCUUAUGUAUAUUAUGGAAACAGAUCAAGAUUGUUCAUGGUAUAUUAAAAACCGCAAUGCUAAA